UGGUCCAAUCGAGCCGGAUUUUUUGCCGCACAUAAAGACAAGUACGAAGAACACAAAUUAAUUUGUAUCUACUUUUUUUAUUUUAUGGUCAUAUAAAGGAUCGCCAUUUUUUGGACACUUUCCGCAAUUACCAUCGUCUAUUCUUUAUUUCUUAUUUUUGGAAAACAUAUUUACAAAAUAAUAAGUAUAAUGGAUCCUCUUACUCACUUGUCGGAAGAAGCUUUGCUUGAGGAUUACGAUGAGACAAUGGAGGUGGACUCAGCUGCGACGACUACUACUACAGGUUCUACCAGCCAGUCUGAAGUUGUCGCUGUCAUCGAGAGCUCAACAGCCAUCGUGGUCACUGACCAAGAGGUCCCUUUGACCUCACCUGAAAAUUCCUCUGCCCCUGCAGUGGUACCGGCUCCUGACGCCAACAUAACUACAAAUCCUGACCCAGUAUCAGGUGCCGUGGAAGCCUCUGGUUCGAAUCCGGUCGGGAAUUCGCGAAACCUUGCUAAAAAUUGUCGCAUUUGUGAUCGCAAGCAUCAAUUGUCUUCGUGUCGAAAAUUCAUAAAUAUGACUUGUGAAAAGAGAAUUAGGAUGGUGCUACUACACCAUUAUUGCUCUCGUUGUUUUUCCGCAAAUCAUAUUUCCCGCGAUUGCUCAAGUCAAGGAUGUUGUAAAACAUGUAAAGGAAAACAUCAUUCGAUGUUACACUAUGACAAUAACGUCGCGGCGAAACAAAUGAAAUCCAAAAAACGCUCGCGAACUAGAGAUCCUCUACCUGCUGUCUCGAAUGAACUUCCGUCAAUGCCAUUGUUUCACCCCGUGUCAUUUUCUCCAACGGCUACUGUUUUGCUGCUCAUUUCGGACAAGAGCAUUCGGGUACGGGCAGUUUUAGACCUUUGCUGUAGCAUGAGCUAUAUUUGCUCAAGUUUAGUGGCAAACCUAAAGCUGCCCGUCUCCACCGUUAAUGAAGAAAAAUUUUGCAAAGUCAAUAUAUGUUCUCUUUAUGAGGCAUCGCGACAAAUUUCAUUGACGGUAAAGGUAAAAACAAUGCAUGGCAUAAAAACUCCUGUAGAAACGGUUUCGGACACUAUAAAAGAUCAUUUUGAGGGUAUGCAAUUGGCAGAUCCGAGAUUUAAUAUGUCCGGAAAAGUCGCGCUCGUAAUUGGUCCUGAGGUAGCACCGCAAAUUAUGAGAGGUAAAAUCUAUUCGAACCCGGGACUUCCUAUGGCUCAAUACACCAUCUUUGGUUGGGUCAUUUCUGGCCAAGCCCCUCGUUAAGGGCCCAGUUCAUGGUCUGAUUCAAAACCAUACUCUCUUGAGUGCAGUAUGUAGUCUGUGUCAAACUACAUCCCAUAGACCUUGUUCUAUGGGAACCUUUUUAUUUAUAUAUACAUAUAUACCAGCUGGUCUGGCCUGGUCGUAUGACCAACUUGUUAUUUGAAAAAAUAAAUGAAUUGAAAAAAAAAAAAAAAAAAAUAUGAUUUAAGUUUACAUUUUUUAUUAUUAUUACCUAUUUAAUUUAAGAUUUGUUGCAACGUUCUUUGUUGUUGCAAGGUGGCCGGCAAUGUUUAAGUUAGUUUUUUUUUGUAUGUGUAUACUCCCUUUUGUUCACCCUUGGGUGGGGAUAUUUUUUUCUAAAUUGUAACGAGUAAAACCGUUAACGGUACUUUUCUUAAGCAUUGUUCGCCACUUUGUUUUGCAUAUAAUAAUCUAAUCGUAGCUUGAUCGCUAAGACCUAUACAACGUAUUCUCAAACAUAAAGGUAAUAUAAUAAAGAAAAUAAUUUUUUAAUAUAAACAAAAUAAAAA